AUGAGCUACUGUUAUCAGUAUCACAGUGAGGAGUGCAUGGGUUCGGCUGAUCUCCUGGCUGCAUCACAUUUGCUGACGAUGAAUCUUAUACUCGAUUUCCUUAUUGACAUUGGUACUAUUACACCGAAAGGAAAAGAGGACAUUUUGUAUCAGUUAAGUUUACCGCCGCCAUCAACGAUUGAGAACGUGCGCUACAAUAUGGAAUGGUCGUUGCAUGCUCGAAGAGAAUCGACAACGAAUGCAUUCAACAAAAAAAUGCUGGAAAUUAUGAGCAGGAAGAAGACAUGCCUUUGUCUAGCAAUCGACAAUACGAGUUGUGAUGAGGUCUUACAAAUUGCUGAAAAGACUGGUGAUUACAUUUGUGCUGUGAAAUUACAUGCCGAUAUUAUGGAAGAAUUCAACGACAGUUUCGUUCAGCGACUUACUGUCUUGGCAAAUAAUCUCGACUUUAUUAUAUUUGAGGACAGAAAAUUGGCCGAUAUUGCUCAUACGGUGAAUUUGCAGCUCACCAGCGGGCCAUUUAAAAUAGCAUCCUGGGCGCAAAUUGUCUCAGUACACGCUCUCUCUGGCCAGUCUGUUUUGAAUGCUAUACGAAAAGUUAGCGCUAAUAUAUAUCUUUCUAAUAAAUUGCCGUCUAAAUACUGGCAGUGA